AUGCGUAGCAGUUUCAACACAUUCUUUUCAUCUGAUGGCGUCUAUAAAGAACCCCGUCGAUUUUUUACAUCAUCAUCAUCAAAUGGAGUUAUUGACGAUUAUUUUAAUGGUAGUCUCGCACACUUGUCAGCAACUAUUGCACAAUAUCCAUUCGUAUUUGUCAUGUAUUAUGCAGAUCAUUGUGGUAUUAGUCGUCGUAUGCGAGAACCAUAUGAAAAAGCGGCAUAUUAUUACUAUGAACAAAUUCAAAUGAAUGCAAAUACUACAGUGGACACAUUUCAUGUUAGUAAUGUAAAAUUUAUAUCAAUCAAUUGUUUUAUUCAUGUUGGUCAAUGUCGUCAAACUUAUAAACUAGAUUACUUUCCAUAUAUGAUGCUUUACGUAAAAAAUUCACGUGGCUACCAAUACUUUGGACCACCAAUAUUCUCAAAUUUGAUUCAGUUUAUUGAUAAUAUACGUUAUCCAAUCACUCGUUUAGACAAUGUUGAAAAAUUUUUAGAUUUUUGUGUUCAAUAUGAAACUGUCGUACUGGGAUAUUUUGAUUUUCAAAACAAAGCUCAUCGACGUUAUAACUCAUUAUUUACUGAAACAGCUCUAAAAUAUCUUGAAUAUAGUCAAUGUACAAAAAUGCUAUCAAAUCCGUUAUUAACAUGCUGUAAACACUUAGUUUUACACUCGUCAACAAAUGAACUUUAUCAUUUAUGUUUGUCAAUUAAUAAUAAUAAACGUCGGCCUAAUUUAACUCAUUUAUUUGAUUCUAAUCAACGAUACCAAACGAAUCAUUGUCAACAAUUUUUAUUUAAUGAAACAACUCAAAGUCUAUGUUUAAAUGAAUAUUGUCGAUACUGGUUCAAUAAUUAUACAUCAUUAAAACAAUUGACAACGAGUGUAUCAACUACAAAUCUUCUAUUUAAAAAGAAACAGUGUCGAAUUAUGAAGAAAGAUCAAAAUAUUUUAAUUGACGAUGAAAAUGAAAUCAAGAAUGAGGGUGCAUUAUGCAAGUUAAAUGUAACGUGGUCAUUUAAUUUAAUUAAUAGUAAACAAUAUCCUCAAUUUGGAAAAAUAUUGGGUAUAAACAGUACACGAUCAAUAGUUGUUAUACAAAACAAAAACGAACAGCAUUAUGUUUUGAACGAUAGUUCUAUUCGAUCUGAAAAUAUCUAUCGUUUUAUAAUGGACAUUAAUCUCAAUCUUCUCUCAAGACAAUUAGCAACUAGCUUAAUGAAUAAAAAUACAAAUGAAUUUUCAUUGAAUAAUGAAAAUACAAAUAUCAACUCAAAACAGACAUAUUCUAUUAUUGAAUUAACAACAAAAAAUUUUGAGACAAUUGUCUUGAAUCCUGAAAUGUCAGCUUAUCAAGAAGAAAUGUUUCUUUCCUUGUUAGAAUUUGUUAGCGGCGUUGCUAUAAUGUUGAAUCCAGUAGAUAUGAAACAAAAUUCAUUUACAUCGCUGAAUGCAAACACAAACAUAGAUCUAUCCGGAACAACAUUAUCUACAACAACCGACACAUCUUCAUGUAAUUCAUCAAACCAAUGUUCUGUUUAUGCCAAUUCAACGAAUGGAACAGAAUCAAUAACCAGCUCUUCCUCACUAACAUCAGCAUCGUCUUCACCAUUUUCUUCUAAUAUAAAAACAUUACCAACUAAAAUUUCAUCUCUUGAUGAAUAUCAAGAAUUAUAUCGUUUAUCUAUUGAACAGCCAGAUAUAUUCUGGAAAUUAGCUGCCGAACGUUUACACUGGUUUAAAUUUCCAACAAUUAUUAAAAAUACAUCAUUCGACUAUCUAUCAGAUAAAGGUGUUUCAAUUAAAUGGUAUGAAGAUGGUAUUCUAAAUGUUUGUUAUAACUGUCUUGAUAUUAAUAAUAAGCGUCAUCUUUCAAUAUUUCAGCGACACAUUGAACAAGAUAGUUUAGUUGCUAUGCAAAAUGCAUUUAUAUUUGAGCCCGAUCAAUUAAAUGGAACUGUGAAAUAUUUAACAUAUGGAGAAUUACUGGAACAAGUGAAAAAAUUUGCAAACGUGUUAAAACGACAUGGUGUCAAAAAGGGUGAUCGUGUAACAAUCUACUUGCCGAUGAUAUUAGAAGCAUGUAUUGCAUUAUUUGCCUGUGCAAGGAUCGGUGCUGUGCAUUCCGUUGUAUUUGCUGGAUUUAGUGCACAUAAUUUAGCCGAGCGUAUUGAUGAUUGUAAGUCGUCUAUUAUUAUCACGAGUGAUUUUAGUUAUCGAGGCAAUAAAUGUACACCAUUAAAGUCCAAAACUGAUCAAGCAUUAAAACAAGAACAAUGUUCCCAGGUUAAAACCGUUAUUGUUGUUAACAGAGGAUAUGAUAAAACUGAGAACGCAUUAUCUGUACCAGCAAUUGAAUGGGUUGAUGGGCGUGAUCAUUGGUAUCAUGAAGAAAUGGCUAAUGCAUCAAAUGUCUGUCCACCAGAGCCGAUGAAUGCCGAAGAUCCUCUAUUUAUUCUUUACACAUCGGGUUCUACAGGCAAACCAAAAGGAAUUUUGCAUACCACAGGUGGUUAUCUAGUAUAUGUAUCAUUAACAUUUCAAUAUGUGUUUGCCUAUAAUCCAGGCGACAUUUAUAUGUGCACAGCUGAUGUUGGCUGGAUUACUGGACAUUCUUACGUUGUUUACGGUCCAUUAUCAAACAGAGCAACCAGUAUAGUCUUUGAAGGAGUUCCAACGUAUCCUGACGUCUCACGAUUUUGGCAAAUAGUUGAUAAAUAUCAAGUUAACAUAUUUUAUACAGCACCAACAGCUAUUCGUUCAUUAAUGACUCACAGUGAUGGCUUCGUAACAAAAACGAGUAGAAAAAGUCUAAGAAUAUUAGGAACCGUUGGAGAACCAAUCAAUCCAGAAGCAUGGAGAUGGUACCAUCGCGUAGUAGGUAAUGAAAAAUGUCCAAUAGUUGAUACUUGGUGGCAAACUGAAACUGGCGGAUUUAUGAUAACCCCUAUACCAUAUGUCACAGAAUUAGAAGCGGGAUCAGCAACCCUACCAUUUUUUGGCAUACAAACACAGAUUAUGGAUAAAGAAACUCGUAAUUUAUUAAUACCGCCAUGUAAAGGUGAACUGUGUAUCAAAGAUUCAUGGCCUGGUCAAGCUCGCUCUCUUUACAAUGAUCAUAAACGUUUUGUUGAGGUGUAUUUCAAGGGCUAUCGAGGUUUUUAUUUCACUGGUGAUGGGUGUGAAGUUAAAGAAAAUGGUUAUCAUUGGAUUACGGGUCGUGUAGAUGAUGUUUUAGUCAUUUCUGGUCAUAAUAUAGGAACAGCCGAAGUUGAAUCUGCGUUAGUUCUUCAUCCAGCCGUUUCAGAAGCAGCCGUUGUCGGCUAUCCCGAUCCGAAGAAGAAUCAAGGCAUGUACUGUUUUGUGACAUUAAAAGAUGAUCAAAAAGAAAGCGAUGAAUUGAAGAAAGAACUUAUAACUUCCGUGAAGGAAUACAUUGGCGCUCAUGUUUAUCCAGAUGUGAUUCAUUUCACUCCGAAUUUACCUAAAACAAGAAGUGGUAAAAUAAUGAGAAGAAUAUUACGAAAAAUAGCCGAACCAGAUAUUGAAAAUUUGGGCGAUACAUCAACAUUGACCGAUCCAGCUGUUGUUGAUGAACUAAUCAACACAUGUCUACGAUCAAGACACAGAUAG